UCAGGUGGUUUCCACACGCCCCAACCCCGUCUCUCUCUCUCUCUCUCUCUCUCUCUCUCUCUCUCUCUCUCUCUCUGUAAUCAAUCACACAGUCAGCUCCAUUGUUCUAUUCUCUGAAUUGAUAAUCAAUCAAUCACCAUGUCUUGGCUUCUCAGAUCAACAAAAUCAAAGCUCUUCUUAUCUUCCUCUUCUUCUCUUUCUUCAACCUUCUCUUCCAUCCCUCGCUCCACCGGAUCCCUCUCUCCCGCUGCCCCCGCCGCAGAACAAUUCCACCGCACCACCACCACUCUUCCCUACGCGGAUCAAAACUCUACAAAGGGACAUUUCAGUGGCUUACCUAACAAUCUGGAGAAUAAGCUUGCUGGUCAUGCUAACCAGUUCAAUUCUUUGAGAUAUCAGGCUCUUGGACUGGACACUAAUGUGCUGGCUGGAGCUAGAUAUGGUACUCAAGUUAGUGGCACCAAGAGUCCAAUGCUAUUGGGACUCAACACUCUGAUGGCAAGAAACAUUGAGAGAGGUGUGGGUGCUGACACAUUGGGAUUGGCUGGUCAUAGACGUUUUAUGAGUGACAUCCCAAGUAAAACCAGUGAGGCAAAGCAGUCCGGUUUUCGCCCAUUAUCUCCUCAUCUUCCUGUUUAUCAACCCCAGCUUUCUUCGACGCUUUCAAUUUGCAAUAGAAUUGCUGGAGCUUUCCUAGCUGCUGUCACCUUACUUUUUUAUAUGAUAUACAUGAAAGUGGGCUUGGUUGGUCUCACCUUUGAUCCAUUCUACCAGUUCGUAUUCUAUUCAUCAAAACUCCACCUACUUGCCAUUGAGAUUUCUGCCCUAGCAAUGUCCUAUCAUCUGUAUAGUGCAAUUCGUCAUUUAUUCAUAUGAUAUUGCAGUCACAGCUGAUACCUGAACAGUAUGAUUUUGAGGUGAAACUUGUUUGCUUCAACCGUGUUGGCAUGCUUUCCACAUGUCAUUAGGAGUUCAUUAAGCAAUGUGAAUGCGUUUUAUGCAGUUUCGCUAUUAUCAACUUAAUAAUUACUUAGGCAUGUUUAAUGUUGUGAGCAUAACUACAUCUGAAACUUCGGUGAUGUAAUUUUUUAGCACCCCCGUCAAAUUGCAAGUAAUUGUUGCAUUCAAUAAAGCAUUUGAUUUUAGUGACCCUUAAAAUGCAUUAUCACUUGUGUGACUGGUGUUGCUGAAAAUUUAUUA